AUGACUCCUUAUUCACCACCGCCAGCAUUGCCGAGAGUAUGGGAGCCCCUAUUGCAAGUAAUUCAAUCACAUCCACGAUACGAGGAGCCAUUCGUUCGCUGCAUCAAUGAACUUUUCUAUGGAGCUGGCCCAUUGCGGGUACACGAGCGACACUAUAUUGCACUUAUGUUGGAAGGACGGAGGAGGGAUGGGGGUGCAGUGGCAAUCCAUAUUGCCCGUCGCUCUCUCCUCCUUUCCCCA